GUAGGAAGCCCAACCGCCCCUUCGUGCAGACGUUCACCAGCAUCUCUUGGUUUGUUGCUAUUCCUGCUCCGGUACGAGCGCUGUCUCUCGCAAUGUCCGGCGAACGAGGAGCAUAUGGAGGUGGUCGCCGUGGCGGUGGACGGGGCGGUCGGGGUCCUGUUGACGGCGGCAGAUCGCGUGGCGGCGGAGGAAGGGGCGGAUAUGCUCCGGCUCCUCGCUCUCAGGAAUCGUCGACUCCGUCCGCAUCGUACCGUCCUUCGCCGCCGGCCACAGCAGCAGAUUCGCCUUCGUCCUCUUCUAUCGGCGAGGAACUCCGGCAUCUCACGAUCGCCGAGCCCGCGAAGGAGCAGACUCCUCAGCCGGCGGCGCCUCCGGCCUCUAGCAAGGGUAUGAGGCAUCCGGCUCGGCCGGAGUUCGGCACCGUCGGAAGGCCGUGCUUAGUUAGGGCUAACCAUUUCCUUGUCGAGAUCGCCGACAAUACUCUUUUCCAUUAUGAUGUGAGUAUAGUGCCCGAAUCAGUGUCCAGAGCUACCAAUAGAAAAAUCAUCUCUGAGCUUGUCAAGGCUCACAAGGAUAAAGCCUUGGGAAGGAGAAUGCCAGCUUAUGAUGGAAGGAAGAGCCUGUAUACGGCUGGUACUUUUCCUUUUGAGUCAAAGGAGUUCACGGUUUCACUGCCUGAAAAUGAUGGAAGGAAGGCCAAGGAAUUUAGAGUGAUUAUUAAGCUUGCUGGAAACACAAGCAUACACAACCUGAAGGAGUUUUUAGCUGGUCGACAGAUUGAGGCACCUCAAGAAGUCAUUCAAGCCCUUGAUAUUGUUCUUAGGGAGUCUCCAUCUACCAAGUAUACUUCGGUAGCACGGUCCUUCUUUUCCCCGAGUUUUGGGCAUCGGGCACCCAUUGGAGAAGGUUUAGAAUGCUGGAGGGGCUACUAUCAAAGCCUUCGACCAACACAAAUGGGCUUGUCUUUGAACAUAGAUAUCUCUGCGACAUCUUUCUAUAAGCCCAUGAACGUUGUUGAAUUUGUAAUGGAGUAUCUUAAUCUGCGGGAUACUUCAAGGACCUUAUCUGAUCAAAAUAGAGCUAAGGUCAAGCGAGCCAUACGUGGAGUAAGAGUUGAGGCAGUUCACAGAAGAGAUUUAAGAAUACGAUACAAGAUCAAUGGAUUGACAAAGGAGCCACUACGUCAACUAAAGUUUCCUAUCAGCGAAACACAAACUGAGAUAUCAGUGGUCCAAUACUUUAAGGAACGGUAUAAUUACAAUUUGAUGUGUGUUUCAUGGCCUUGCCUCCUGGCUGGUAGUGAGAGCAAACCAACCUACUUACCAAUGGAGGUUUGUGCAAUUGUUGAGGGACAACGCUAUUCAAAAAAGCUAAAUGAGGGACAGGUAACCGCAAUAUUGAGAAGUACAUGCCAGAGGCCGGUGGACAGAGAACGUAGCAUUCGUGAGAUGGUUGGACAAAACAACUACAAUAAUGAUGCAUUCACGAAGGAAUUCGGUUUAAAGAUGAAGUAUGAGCUCACUACUGUAGAAGCUCGUGUUCUACCUCCUCCUAGGCUAAUGUAUCAUGACUCUGGUAGAGAAAAAUCCUGCAAUCCUUCUGUCGGUCAGUGGAACAUGAUAAACAAGAAAAUGGUGAAUGGUGCUUCUGUUGAUUAUUGGACUUGCUUGAGUUUCGCGUCACGACUUCGACAAGAGGAAGUAUCUCACUUUUGUCAAGAACUGAUUGGCAUGUGUAAUAACAAUGGAAUGGUUAUCAAGCCACCUUUUGUCAAUUUCAAAUUUGCUCGUGUUGAUCGAUUAGACUUUGCUUUGAGAGACAUUAACAAUAGCUCAAUUGAAGCAUUCAAAAAAGCUGGGAUUCAAGGGAAGCACAUCCAGUUGUUGAUUGUGAUCUUACCAGAGAUGAAGGGCUAUUACGGGAAUAUCAAGAGAAUUUGUGAAACUGAGCUCGGUAUCGUGUCACAGUGUUGCAAUCCAAGGCAGGUAUCUAAAUGCAACAAACAAUAUUUGGAAAAUGUCUCGCUGAAGAUCAAUGUUAAGUGUGGUGGACGCAAUACAGUACUUGAAGAUGCCAUUUACCGGAGGAUACCUCUUGUAAGUGAUAUACCGACAAUUUUCUUUGGGGCUGAUGUUUCACACCCUUCCCCGGGGGAGGAUUCUUUGUCUUCCAUUGCUGCAGUUGUAGCCUCGAUUGACUGGCCUCAGAUCUCCAAGUACAGAGGUUUAUUCUCGACCCAACAGCAUAGACAAGAAAUAAUCAGUGAUUUAUAUAAUGUUGAUCAAGAUCCUAAAAAAGGACACACCCCCGGCGGGAUGAUACGCGAACUGCUGAUAGCAUUCUACCGCUCAACAAAUCAAAAACCUGGAAGAAUAAUUUUCUACAGAGAUGGGGUCAGCGAAGGGCAAUUUAGCCAAGUGUUGUUGUAUGAAAUGGACGCUAUAAGAAAGGCUUGUGCUUCUUUACAAGAGGGAUAUCUUCCGCCAGUCACGUUUAUUGUAGUCCAGAAGCGACAUCACACAAGGUUGUUCCCUGAAGUUCAUGGAAAUCAAGGAUUGACUGACAGAAGUGGGAAUAUAUUACCUGGUACUGUUGUUGAUCGUAAAAUUUGUCAUCCAACGGAAUUCGACUUUUAUUUAUGUAGUCAUGCUGGGAUACAGGGGACGAGCAAGCCAACUCAUUAUCAUGUUUUAUGGGACGAAAACAAAUUCUCUGCAAAUGCAUUGCAGACCUUAACUAACAACUUGUGUUACACGUACUUGGCAUUUCUCAUGUUAUAUUUCUUUCAUUUUUCUUCUGUCUUUCUUUUGUUGCUUGUAAUUUCAUUUUGUUCUUGCAAAAAAACAGAUACGCCCGGUGUACUCGUUCAGUUUCUAUCGUUCCGCCUGCAUAUUACGCUCACUUGGUUGCAUUUAGAGCUCGCUAUUACAUGGAGGGCGAAUCCUCCGAAACCGAUUCAGGUCCGAGUCAAACGAGAGAUGCGCCUAUCCCUGUACAAUUCUUUCCACGAGUUAAAGAUCAAGUUAAGGAUGUCAUGUUUUACUGCUGAAGUUCACUUCAACAUAGUGUCACUCUUUUUUUGGGUUGAAAAGUAGGCUUCAUUUUGCUCAACUCUAAAGAGUAAUGGUCUCCAUUAAGAGAUGGACCUCUGUUUAAACUUUAGUUUUUUGGCAUACCGUAUAACGAUUUAGGGUUUAUUUCAAGGUACAUGACCUCUGUUAUGUCCAUCCGAUAACACGGUUUAGUUACCGGCUUGACAUUUUGAAUUGUAAACGUGACAUAUUUCUUAGUGGUUUAAAUACUGAUGCUAAGUUUCAAUUA